AUUUAAGCCUCUUGUACUUGACUACGAUGUCUGCUACUACCAGUUCCGCCACUGCCGAGAAAAACAUUGUUGUAUACAACAGUGCGAUAUCACCUUUUGGACACCGUGUGCUUAUGGCUUUGAAGCUAGUUGGGGCAAAAUAUGAGCUCGUUACUAUCAAUAUGCAAGAAAGAGAUGAGUACAGAAAGAUUAAUCCUGAAGGCAAAGUACCUGCCGUCAAAUACGGCGAAGCAUUGAUUCCCGAAUCCAUGGUGAUAAUUGAACUACUCCAUGAACUGUAUCCUGAAGCCAGACUAUUCACUACAGACCCUGUCAAGAAUGCAAAGAUGAGGUUCGUUAUUCGACUGUUCGAAGAUCAAAUUCUCCCGGCCUAUGGUCAGUUAUUUGGUAACCCGCCCGUUACCAAGGAGAGGCUCGACAGUGCUCUUGAAAUCAUCCAUAAAUUUUAUAAACGCUUGAAUGAGCUUCUUCUCGAACAGUCGCCAUCAGGCCCAUACUUUUUGGGAACGGAAUACUCAAGUGUGGAUAUCGCUCUCACGCCUUUCAUAUCUACUAUGGGCACUUUCACGAAAUUUUUGACUGGUCAAGAUCUAACUGUUUUGAAUGAGCUGCCUAGACUGCGUGAUUACCUCUCUGCUGUUGUCGAACAUCCGGUUUCAAAGGAGACAACGUUUUUGGACGACGAAGAUAAAGUCAAUGCCGUUGUUACAGAACACUUUAAAGUCACAAAAAACAUGUUUACCUGAUAUGAUGAAUGCUACAGUACUGCAUCUUGUAUCAUUUGCAUUAUGCCAACGUAGAACAUGUAUAUCUUACAGUUAACAUACAGUAUAUGAUUAAAAGAGUUUGU